AUGAAAUAUAAGGUUCCGGAUCUCUCUGAUCUCGAAACACGGCUAUCGGCGUCAAUAGUAGGACAGCCUCAGGCUGUCAAAAAAGUUUCAGAAUGUCUUCGAAGAAGUCUUGCUCAAUCGUCGAGCCGCCAUUUCAGAUCAAUGCUUGUUCUUGUUGGCUCUCCCGGAUCCGGAAAAUCUGAAUUGGUAAGAAGAUUGGCCGAGUAUCUUUAUGGGAGCGAAAAGGCUGUAAUCCGUUUACCCCGGGAAAUUUCAGUAUCUAGCCUAUUGGGGUCUUCUAUAGAUGGUGAAGGUAUCCAGGAGGGACUAUUGGUGACGGCACUAUUGGCGAAUCCGACUUGUGUAAUCUUGGUUGAGGAGGCCGAGAAUGUUCCACCCGAGACGUUGGCCUUAUUACUGAGAAUUGUAGCCACUGGUUCUAUUACUUCGUCUAGAGGACGAGUUGUUCCUUGUACACAUACGGUAGUUGUUUUAAAGAGCAGAUUGGCGCAGCCAAAAUUGCUAACAGAAGAAGAGAUCCUUGAUAGAGUGUCAAAUCACCUAAAAACUCACUUCGAAGACCUUGACGACGACUUAACCUCCACAAUAGUUUUCAAUCCUCUUGGCCCGAAAUCCAUUUAUGACAUUAUCAGUCUUCAAUUAGGGCAGGUGCAAGACAGAUUUGCUAGAUUCGGCUAUGGUAAGUCCAUAAGCUUUGAACUUGACGAUAAUGCUCUUAAGUUUCUAUAUGAAAACGGCUAUUCUCCAACUUUGGGUGCAAAAGAGCUCGAGCGAGUGUUGCAGGCAGAACUCCUAAGCAGAGUCGCUAUAUACUUAUUAACUGGACAAGUGAGAGACCAGGAGACGGCCAGAGUGACAUCAGGAAAGAGUGGCUUGCAAGUAUUCCCAAACCAUGAGCCCAUAGAAGUUGUCACCGUCGACAGUGAAGAAGAAUGGGAUGAGACCUACUACGAAGAUUUCUAG